CUACAACCUCUUAUUCUUUUUAUCUGUUCACGUUUUCUUCCUCAUCUUUCUGUUGCUCUGCGAGAAAGAGGCACACGGAAACGGAGAUGGGGAAGAGCAUGUCUUUCAAGGAUGAGUUCAUUUUCGAGCAAAGAUACGAGGAAUCACGUGACAUCCUCACCAAGUACCCCGGCCGAGUUCCCGUAAUUGUGGAAAGGUAUUCAGAAAGUGAUCUUCCUGAGAUGGAAAAGAAAAAAUACCUUGUUCCUCGAGAUAUGUCGGUGGGGCUAUUCAUUCACAUUUUGAGCAGCAGACUUCAUUUGGGCCCUGGAAAAGCUCUCUUUGUAUUUGUGAAGAAUACCUUACCUCAAACCGCUACUUUGAUGGACACUGUUUAUGAAUCUUUCAAGGAUGAGGAUGGAUUUCUAUACAUGUGUUACAGCACCGAGAAAACCUUCGGUUCUGCUACAAAAUCAUAUUUGUGAACGCUGAAUUUGUACGUACGUUGUCGUAAAUAGUCCUUGUCUCCUCGGUGGCCGGGAUUGUUCUUUUAAUCUAGGUCUGAUAUAUCAUAUAUGUUUGCCAA